GAGUCUGAAAUUGCUUGCAAUCCAGUCGUUCAAAAAUCAAAUAGGAAGAGAAGCAAAAUCUAUCGUAUCAGAUGAUGGGUUUUGCAAUGGGAACCUCUUCUUCCCCUUUACAUUCUUCAACCUUCCACCCUCUUUUCCCUUCCUUUUCACCUUCUUCACCCCCUCUUUUCUUCUACUCUUCCCAAAGAAAACCCCAUGAUUUCAGUAAACGAACAAAAAUUUAUGCUGCUAUGCAAAAUCAUCACCCUAACGACGACGUCUCUUGCGGGAGAAGAGCGAUUCUCUUCGUGGGUAUUUCUGUUCUCCCCUUCUUGAAUCUCAAGUCAAAAGCUGUUGAAAAUCCUGAUCCUCAUGAACUGGAAGAUUCUGCAGAGGAACAAGAGCUUAAUCAAAUAGCAGAGGUACCACCAACUAAUGGAGAUGCAUCACCGAACCCAUUUCUUACUCUUUUGAAUGGGAUUGGAAUAGUUGCUUCAGGCGUGCUUGGUGCUUUCUAUGCGUUGUCUCAGAAGGAAAUGUCAGCCAACAAUGCAACAAUAGAAUCUAUGAAAGCUGAACUGGUUAAGAAGGAAGCUGCAAUUGUUUCAAUGCAGAAGAGCUUUGAGUUGAAAAUGCUGAACGAAAAGGAAGAAAGAAACGAGCAAAUUAGAAAGAUGAAUGAAGAAAAGCUAUCUUUAACGAGCCAAUUAAGCUCAGCAAACAGCACGGUAAACGGGUUAGGAAAAGAGCUCCAGAAAGAGAAGAAAUUCGUCCAAGAUCUCAAAAACCAGAUCGAUCGGCUCACGACUGACCUCAAAAAGGCUUUAGAUGAUAAAGAGGACCUUAAACUGCAGGUGAAAGAUAAACUCUUUUCCAUUGAAGUCCUGCAAGAAAGGAUAAACUUGCUUACGUCUGAUAUCAAAGAUAAAGACAACAAUCUUGCGAAUCUCAGUUCUGCCAUUGCUGUCAAAGAAUCCGAGUUCAAGAAACUGAGUUCGAUGUAUGAGCAAACACGGGUUGAAUUGGCUGAAUCGAAAUUGGAGAUCGAAGGGCUGAAACAAGAGAUCUUGAAACUUGAGAAAGAAUUAGAAUUGAAAAGUUCCAGUAUUGAUGAUCUGAAUGCGGAAAUCCGUUCUUUAGGUGAUGAAAAAGACGUUAUUGGUGAAGAACUGGACUCUGCUAGGAAGGAAUAUACCGAGUUAACGAUCUCUUUGGAACGGAAAACGGCUUCGGAUGCUAAGAUUUUGGAAGAAAAGGAAAAGAAACUCGAAGAACUUAAAGAAAAGCUCGAGUCUGCUUUAGUUGAAGUGGAUAAAAACGAAGGAUUAAUCGGUGAGUUGACCAAUGAAAGAAAUUAUUUGAGGGAGACCUUGGAUUUUGAGGUAGGUAAAGUCGGAAUUCUUGAAAACGAGCUUUUGGUUGUACGGAGAACCUUAGAAGAUGUGAGAAACGAGUCUUCGGAGCUUAAGAAAGAUCUAGAACUUUCCCAGAUUACAUGCAAGGAGCUUGAAGCAACGGUUUCUCGAGUUCAAGCCGAGUAUUCUGAAGCUAAAGAGGCAUUACAGAAAAACUUUGAGAGAUUAAAACGAACUGCUGAAAUGUUGGCUGAUGAACUCAGCUCAACUAAAGACAUUUCUGAAAAAACCAAGGAAGAAUUAAAACGGGUAUCGCUCGAACUUGCGGAAAGUUCAGAAAACCACGAUAAUCUGAGGAAAGAACUGGAUGAGGCAUAUUCGAAACUCGAAAGCGGGAAUCACGAGCUUAAAGAAGAGAAAAAGAAUGUCGUUUCUUUGACUAAAGAAGUCAACCGUUUGGAGGGUGAGAUCAAGAACGACAGAGAAUCAAGAAAGUCGAUGGAAACGGAUUUGGAAGAAGCGACAAAAGCACUUGAUGAGAUGAAUCAGAACACAGUGAUUCUAUCGAGGGAAUUGGAGAUCACAAAGACCAAGAUUUCGGGUCUUGAAGAUGAGAAAGAAGCAUUGUACAAAUCCCUUGAUGAUCAGAAACGGGCGAUUCAAGAAGCUCGAGAAAACAUGGAGGAUGCUCAUAGCGUAAUUGUGAAAUUGGGGGCGGAAAAGGAGAGUUUGGAGAAGAAAGGAAGCAAACUCGAGAAGGAAUUGGGGGCGGCUAAGGGCGAGAUUUUACGAUUAAGAAGCGAAAUUAGGGUUCCUUCUGAAACUGCAGAAAGUGCUAAGAAGAAUGGAAGUGCAGAGAGUAUUAAGAAGAAUGGAAGUGAAGAUGAGAAUGCAGCAGUUGCUGUGAAGAAAGUUGGCAGGAGGAAAAAGAUUGUAUCAAAACAGGAAGAAUCUUGAGGAUUGUUGGCUUUUUUUUGUUAUUAGUUGAAAGUUGAGGGGGGUAUUUGUAAUAUUUGAUUCUUGGGGUAAAUCAUAGAUGUAGCAUUUGUAACCUCUGCAUAAUUUUCAUUAAAGUGAAAAAUAAAAUAAAAAAUCGUUUGCGGAUC